UAAAGUCAGUAGGAAUGUGGAAGCAAAUGAAGUGUGAGUGUGUAGAGUCCUGUGAGUGUGUAGAGUCCUGUGAGUGUGUAGAGUCCUGUGAGUGUGUAGAGUCCUGUGAGUGUGUAGAGUCCUGUGAGUGUGUAGAGUCCUGUGAGUGUGUAGAGUCCUGUGAGUGUGUAGAGUCCUGUGAGUGUGUAGAGUCCUGUGAGUGUGUAGAGUCCUGUGAGUGUGUAGCGUCCUGUGAGUGUGUAGCGUCCUGUGAGUGUGUAGCGUCCUGUGAGUGUGUAGCGUCCUGUGAGUGUGUAGCGUCCUGUGAGUGUGUAGCGUCCUGUGAGUGUGUAGCGUCCUGUGAGUGUGUAGCGUCCUGUGACUGUGUAGAGUCCUGUGACUGUGUAGAGUCCUGUGACUGUGUAGAGUCCUGUGACUGUGUAGAGUCCUGUGCGUGUGUAGAGUCCUGUGCGUGUGUAGAGUCCUGUGCCUGUGUAGAGUCCUGUGCCUGUGUAGAGUCCUGUGCGUGUGUAGAGUCCUGUGCGUGUGUAGAGUCCUGUGCGUGUGUAGAGUCCUGUGCGUGUGUAGAGUCCUGUGCGUGUGUAGAGUCCUGUGCGUGUGUAGAGUCCUGUGCGUGUGUAGAGUCCUGUGCGUGUGUAGAGUCCUGUGCGUGUGUAGAGUCCUGUGCGUGUGUAGAGUCCUGUGCGUGUGUAGAGUCCUUGCAAAAAUACAAUUACAAGGGUCAAUGCAGCAGGGUUGGGGUCAAUUCCUUUUCUAUUCCAGUCAAUUCAGGAAGUAUAAGGAAAUGUCAAUGCUUUUCAAUGAGGACAAUUUGGAAUUUGGCUUGUUUGCUGAAUUCAAAUGGAAUUGACCCCAAUCCUCCAAUGCUGAUAGUCUCUAGCCAUUUUGUUGGCUCCGUUACCAGAGGAAUGUGCUUUUGUUAGUGUGAUUUUUAGUGCCUUUGGUGUUCUAUAAUAUAUUAUUUGAACGUGUGUCCUACGCUGUGAGAAUGCGAUUUUCUCUUUCAGGCUUGGCAGUGCUCAGAUGAUAGAUAGAUAGAUAGAUAGAUAGAUAGAUAGA